UUUUUCUUUUGCAUACAUCUGCAAUGCCACGCGACCCGCUCAUAGGUCUCGUAGGCAAGCCCUCGUCAGGCAAGUCGACUACUCUGAAUAGCUUAACAGAUGCUUCCUCCAAAGUCGGCAACUUUCCCUUUACCACAAUCGAUCCUCAGCGCGCCAUUGGAUACCUGCAAAUCUCGUGCCCAUGCGCCCGUCUUAACCUCUCAGACCGCUGCAAACCCAACUAUGGAUCCUGCGUAGAGGGGCGGCGAUCGGUGCCAAUCGAAUUACUCGACGUAGCUGGGCUUGUUCCUGGUGCGCACAUGGGUAAAGGUCUAGGAAACAGGUUCUUGGACGAUUUGCGACACGCGGAUGCGCUGGUGCAUGUGGUUGAUGUCAGCGGGACGACGGACGCCGAGGGCAAGGCAACAAGAGGGUACGACCCGAGCCAGGAUAUCGUGUGGCUAAGGAGCGAGAUUGUGCGGUGGAUACAAGGCAACCUGAUGGAGAAGUGGGGCAGCAUCAAGAGGAGGCAUGUAGCAGUCAAAGCGACAGCCGUUGAAACGUUGCAAAACCAAUUCUCGGGUUAUGGGUCGACAUCCAGUGUCGUAGCACGGUGUCUUGACCGGCUCGCGCUCAAGGAACCUCUCCAGGACUGGUCGGACGAAACGAUUGAGCGCGUGGUUAACGCCUUUACCGACGAAAAAUUCCCGACGGUCAUUGCGCUCAACAAAAUCGACCACCCGGAUGCGGAUAAGAAUAUUGCAAAGAUUGCGAAGAUGCAAGACCCGAAAAGCAUAGUGCUCUGCAGCGCGAUAUCAGAGGUUUUCCUCAGGAAACUGGCCAAGCAAGGCUUCGUCAAAUACGUCGAGGGCAGCGAGUUUGUCGAUACAAGAGAGGAUUUGAUUGAGCAAGGCGAUCCAGAGGGUGGGGGAUUGAAGGAACUCGACGAAAAGCUCAAGACGCGAAUCGAGAACCUCAAAGACAUGGUGCUGUACCGCUUUGGCAGCACGGGGGUGGUGCAAGUGCUGUCAAGGGCGGCUGAGCUGCUUGGUCUGGUGCCAGUAUUCCCCGUGCGAAAUAUCCACACAUAUACGAGUGGGUCUGCGAGUUCGACAGCAGUAUUCCGCGACUGUGUGUUGGUCAAGAAGGGAAGCACGGUGGGCGACGUGUACAGAAAGGUCAUGGGAGAUGCGCCAAUGGCAUACGUAGAAACCGAGGGCGGACGGAGAGUGGCAGAAGACGAUGUUGUUGCUGUGGGGAAGAAUGAUAUUUUGAGUUUCAAAGUUGGACGAGCAUAGUGCGACUGCUUGCUGCGGUGAUGAACUAUCGCGCAUCCUUCAUGGCUGUAGGCCUGUUCGCCGCUGCUGGUGCAUGUAUAUAUGGCAGUGUAGUAGUCUCCAG